UGUGUGUUUUUAACAGGUUUUUGAAGGAACGGUUGGUAGAUGUUAAUGGAUUAAGCAGACUAUAUGCAUUUUUAAAUCCUGGGGCCAUUGCCUCUGAUGCUGGGGAUUAUAAUGCCCGUUCUCGAGCACUGCACAAACGUAUUCUUGAAAUUGAUAAUCCGGCUAAAUGGAUUAUUGCCCCCUAUAACAAUUAUAAUAUGUAUCAUUGGAUGGUUGUACUUAUCCAACCAAGUACACAUACAGUAGCGUACUUGGAUUCCAACAAUGGAUAUGUACCAGAAGAUUUAAAAUACAUUGUUAACACGUCGCUCAACAUAGUUAAUAAAAGCUUAACUAACCGCAAUGAUCGUCCCAUUGAGUGGAUAACUCCGAUAUGUCCACAACAACCAGACGGGAAGCAAUGUGGAUAUUAUGUCAUGAAAUUUAUUGAGAGUUUCAUGAACGAAGAAGAUCCAAUACGCCGAGUGAGAGAAAUGGGUAAGAGCGAUCCGUACUCAAAUGACGAGAUGAAUAUUUUGCGUGAUCAGUGGAUUGAAUAUGUUCGAGCACAAGCAGUGCGACAAGGGCUUUUACAAUGAUCAAUUUCUAUUUUUGUUUAUACUUUAUCCUAACUAAUUAGUGACAAUAUACAG